CCCAGGGUUUCAGAGACAGCUCUUUUCCCCCCCUGCCUUUCAUGCACCCGAGUAGAGCCUGUGUUGUGCAGUUGUUGAUGGAGGAACGGUCCGGCUCGCCUGCUAGGUUUCGGAUAGGGUAUGCUCUGGUGCAGAAGAAAAUCAACAGCUUUCUGCAGGAAAAGCUCAAGAGAGAGUCUAUCAGGAAAGGGAUUGAGCUUGUACAAAUAGAUCUGUCGAAACCGCUGUCAGAGCAAGGACCGUUUGACGCUAUUCUUCACAAGAUUCCGUCGCAACAGUGGUAUGAGGAGCUGGAGGAAUAUCAGCUGAGCAGACCAGAUGUGCUCGUCAUUGACCCCCCGGAAGCCAUCUCGCGGUUAUACAAUCGUAUUUCCAUGUUACAGGCCGUCGACGACAAGUUACAAUACGAGUGUGGAUGCAUCGUGGGGAUCCCUAAGCAAAUUGUGGUUCACGAGAAGCAGUCCGUAACCGACAGUUUCGCGACGUCCGGCCUCUCCUUUCCUGUCAUCGCGAAACCGCUGCUAGUAGACGGAACGCCGAAGUCGCAUCUUAUGUGGCUUGUUUACAACGAGGAAGGCUUGAAGAAGCUUCUACCGCCUUUUGUUCUUCAGCAGUUUGUCAACCACGGUGGUGUGAUUUUUAAGGUCUAUGUCGUGGGGAAUCAAGUGAAGUGUCUCCGACGAAAGUCAUUGCCUGAUCCUCAACCGCAAGACCUCGCAAACCCUGAUGGAUUAAGAUCGUUCUGUCAGGUGUCUAAUCUCCCUGGCUUGGGAAGGAAGGGAGGAGAGGUAGCUGAUGCGAGCCUUUCACACGUGGAACUACCGCCAGCCGAUUUAAUGAUUUCGAUUUCUUCCAGACUGAGAAAGAACCUGGGUCUGAGGUUGUUCAACUUCGAUCUGAUUCGAGACAGGAACUGCAGCAGACGAUUUUACAUUGUGGACAUCAACUAUUUUCCAGGCUUCGCGAAGAUGCCUGGUUACGAGCACGUGAUGUCGGAUUUUUUUGCGAGCCUGGCCAAGGAGAAGAGAACUCAGAGCAUAGAGGAGCCUGCCGCUCAGCUGGUUGAGCGGGCAGUUUGCUGCUAACGCCAAGAUAAUGCCUGAGAGCCGGCAGCAGUGAUUUUUAAAUCUGCUGCCACUUUACUUCCAGGCCAGCAGUUGGACCAUAAAGCUGCGGGUAGAGCACACAAAGGGACUUGUAUAUUCUGGCAACCGUUACUGACCCAGUCGCUGUAGUUCACUCCAUCGAUGUACCUUAGGCUUUUAAUGCAAAUGUUUGUAUGGUAUGGUACUCUUCUUCAAGCGGUUCGCCUGCCUUGCUGUAUCGUGAAACAACAUCCCUUGGUGUGCUUACUUGGGGUUUUACUAC